GGGAAUCUGGAUGGGAAGUCGGCUCUUUUGACUCCUGAUCCGGGGCAGGUCCACGAACUCGCCGCGGCUAGGAAGGCAACCCCGCCCCCGAUCUCCAGUCCCACCCCAUACUCUUUCCCUACUUCUCUCUCAGCUGUCUUGCCUGGAGUUUCCCCCGAUUUAUCCCCAGAGAUGACAGCAAGCAUUCGUGCUGCAAAGGAGCUGGAGAUGCUGCAGGACAACCUUCCGUCUUACCUUCAGGACCUGAGCAGUGAAGGCUCCAAUGUGCUCAUAUGGAAUGCCACCCUCCUCCCGGACCAAGAGCCCUACAACCUCAGGGCUUUCAGGUUCAGAAUCACCUUUCCACGGGAUUACCCCUUCAGGCCUCCCCAGCUGAAUUUCCUAACCAACAUAUAUCACCCCCAUGUGACUGAGGAUGGAGAGGUGUGCCUACCCAUCCUCAAUUCCAACUGGACAGCCCACACCAAAAUCCAUCAAGUCCUAGAGGAGCUCAUCUCACUGGUGAACAAUCCUAACAGAGGUCUACCACUCCGGCCAGAGCUUGCUAACCUGUACUUUCAGGACCGCAGACAGUUCAUGGAGAAUGCUAAGGAAUACACUCUCCAGUUUGGGGAAAAUCGAUCUAGCUGCCAGUGAACCUGAUUAUCUCCUCCUGAUAGACCGUGAUAGAAAUGGGAUCCUUCUGGGAGUCUGUUCUGGAAUCUUGUUUUUCACAUUAACCCUAUUUAAGCAUAAAUUGCAAAAUCUAUAUUCCUAAUGGCUUAAUUGUUAUGUAUUAUUAAUCAACUCUACUGGUCUUGUACCGUUGUGCAUUUACGUCAGUUCAGUGCCGUUGUGUGUCCUUAAUCACCUAGUGUGGUCUUGUCCUGUUCCGUACCCUCCUUCUGUUCCCCAUCUAGAUGAGGGCAUUCCAGGACAGUAGUGAGACAUCUCCUGUGCAGACAAAUGAUGGCAGGUGGGACAGUGGAGGGAACAUAAGACAUACACACUGAAGACUCUCACAAUCCAGGGGAAUACCUCAAACCUGCACAUGCCCCUCCUUCCCUUUUUGGUGUUGUUAAGUUCACCUAUGAUGUGUCAGACCCCAAAACACACCUCUGCCUAGACUUGCACCUUCUUUCUUUCCACUCAUUUUCCUGGGGAUUUUCUGCCUGGAAUGCCCCAGAACACCCAGGGGUGGACUAUUUUGGAAAAAAAAGGUGGAAGUCUCCAUGGAAUGGGAGGUGACAAACCCCCCAGACCUUAAACAAAUAUGCAAACCCUGAUCCACAGCUUGGGCCACUCCAUCAGCCUAGGCCAUUUCACCACCCUAAACCUCUUCUUUCAAUAAAGAGUUUCAUACCUCUGGACAG